AUGACGAAGUUAGUGAAACAACGCAUGAAGGUUGAUGAUGUGUCAAAGAUUAACACGGGUUCCGUAGUUGUGACUAAAGCAAAACGGACACGAAAGACUGUGCCUCGUGACUCACCUCCUCGACGUAGCUCUAUCUAUCGCGGUGUUACUAGGCAUCGAUGGACCGGAAGAUAUGAAGCUCAUUUAUGGGACAAGAAUUGUUGGAAUGAGUCCCAAAACAAGAAAGGCCGGCAAGGUGCUUAUGAUGAUGAAGAUGCUGCAGCCCAUGCUUACGACUUGGCUGCACUUAAGUAUUGGGGUCCUGAUACCAUAUUAAACUUUCCGUUAAUGACUUAUCAUAAAGAAUUGAAACAAAUGGAAGGCCAGUCAAGAGAGGAAUAUAUAGGAUCGUUAAGAAGAAAAAGCAGUGGAUUUUCUCGUGGAGUUUCAAAAUACAGAGGAGUUGCAAGACAUCAUCACAAUGGUAGAUGGGAAGCUCGAAUAGGCAGAGUUUUUGGCAACAAAUAUCUGUACUUAGGAACAUAUGCGACACAAGAAGAGGCGGCGGUGGCCUAUGAUAUGGCAGCAAUAGAGUACCGUGGACUUAACGCAGUUACAAACUUUGACCUAAGUCGUUACAUCAAAUGGUUAAGGCCAGACAACAACAAUAGCACCAUUGAUGCACCAUCUAUCCCCGAUAUCAAUAUAAUUGAUGCCAAUUUACCACCAAACACUAACCAUGAUAUAGGAUUAAAUUAUAUCCAUGACCACCAUGAAAACCAACCAUUGCAACCACCAAUGGACAUGGUUUCGCCUACUGUCACGGCUACAUCCACAUAUUUGUCUAGGCCAACUACGGCCACAUCUGCCUUAGGACUCUUGCUACAGUCUUCUAAGUUUAAAGAAAUGAUGGAGAUGACCACUGCAGCUGAGUUCACCUCAACACCGUCUCAUCCUACCUUAGAAUCACCAUGUCACAAGUUCCCUGAGGAAAUCCAAAUGCACUUCGAGUGCCAAGAUUUCGGGGGUUACAAUAAUGGAGGUGAUGAUUUUAUUUUUGGUGACAUGAGUUUUAUGCAUAACAUGUUGCAGUCUGACUUAGAAAAGUGA